AUGGCAUUAACCGCUGACCAGGUGCUAACAAAAAUCGGUAGCUUCGGCCGUUAUCAAUUGCGUCUGCUAAUCUUCGCCAGCAUCCUCGGGUGGUUCUGGUUCGCAUGGCCGCUGCUUCUGUCAACGUUCAUUGCCGCUGAGCCCGGGUGGCGUUGCGUUGCAAACAGCACUGAGUGUCAGAUAGGUGCAAUUGUGUACCCAGGGGACAACAACUACGAUCUGAGGUGUAACAUGUCAAGAGGAGCUUGGGAAUUUGUUGGCGAGUAUACUUCAGUUGUCACACAGGUACAGACAUUAGUGAGUGAAUAGGCUCUGAUUGGAAUUCAUACUAUUCGUUUGAUUUUAGGUUUGGUAUUACGACAUUCAGUUUAAAUGCACUUUGCAACCUUAAUCUGACUAGAAUUAGAAAAUUACUUAAAUCUAUUAAGUCUCCUUUUCCUUCACAGUUUGACCUGGUGUGUGACAAAGCGAUCUAUGGAACUGUGUCUUCCUCUUUGCUCUUCCUUGGCUCUUUGAUGGGUAACGCCAUAAUAAGUACUUUAUCGGACAAAUUCGGCAGGAGAAUCAUCAUAUUCACAUCUGGAUUUGUUGUUGCACUAUUCAGCUUGCUGUCAGCUUUCCCCAACUCCUAUUGGCUAUUCACUCUUUUUCGUUUCGUUGUUGGUUUUAGUUUAGGUAAGUGUGUGCUAUGAAAAAAUACGUAGGGAUUUCACAGAGCUGCUUAUGCGAUACACAUUUAUUUGAAAGUGAAUUCUCACUCGGUUGUUAGGGAGCACUAUCUUUCAUUGUACUGAUGACACUCUCGGCAACUGACUUUAUCUUAAGGUACUAUUGUCCAUGUAUGCAACGGUAGCUAGAGUUUGAUCUUCGAAAAUUGUUAAAUCUUGUUAUAAUUCUUUGUUUUUGUGUGUUUGAUGUCUGUGUAGAUCGAAUGUAUGUUCGGGCAAUACUAUAUCUCCGCUAUAAAUAUUAUUUACUUAAUUUAAUCCAGCCCUAUGUUAUAUUUUUAGCUACGUAUUUAUUCCAGGGUACUAGUACCCUCUAAUCAUUAUAAUCAUAGUCAAUUAUUAUUAUCGGUGCUUUUCUCUUUAUCAGGUGGUGGAGUGAGUAUCUUCAUCUUUAUCUCCGAAUUUGUGGGUGCUCGACACAGGGCCAUAAUGGGGACGUCUCUUUGGUAUUCUUGGACCCUUUCGUUGAUGGGCCUGGCAGGAAUUGCGUAUCUCAUAACAGAUUGGAGAUUACUGUGUAUUGUCACAGGGGCACCAGCAAUCCCUCUUGCCUUGGGCUUCUUGUAAGUGCCGACUUUUCAGGGUUCUUUAGAAGCUUACCAUAGAUGUCCCUCCUAAAGACUUGCAAACUAACCGACUAGACAACGACAAACCAUCCAAUUUAUAUUCAGUCAACGUUAACUUGAUAUUUCCAGCUGAAAAUCGUUAUGUGAUAUAUGCUUAGAUAUGGCUGAGUAAUUAUCUAUUUAGUUGCCUUGAAACGAUGCUUCCUCUUUUUGUCAGGAUUUUUCCGGAAUCUCUUCGGUGGCUGAUUGUGAAAGGAAAGACUGAAAAGGCUGUGGAUCUCUGCAAAAGCAUUGCCCACGUGAAUGGCAAACAGAUUUCGAAAGAGGAAAUCAAGUUUGAAGUAAAGCACGAAGAAAGAAUGGGAGACAUUCGGGAUUUGUUCGGUUCACGCGACAUGGCUAUGAAGACACUGAUAACGGGUUAUUGUUGGUAGGAAGAAGAAAUAUGUAAUCUUAAAUAAUUUUCAAUAUCAACAACUUUUUUUUUCACCACGGUGUAGGAAAAUCAUGUAGCCUCUCAAGAAAAUAAAUUUGAAGAAAUUUUUCCAAGACACAAAUGAGCUGUCUUGGUUGAUGAUGAAUCAAAGGCGGCCCAAACUCCAGCUGUGAGAUGAUCAUCUUGCGAAAUAAGAGUCAUGGCGAAAUUAUGAGAGUUUUGUAUAAGAAUAUUUACGACCGCUCCUAGGAAUAAAAAAUACAAUCAAAUUCUCAAUAAAAAUACCUCACCUUACUUCCACGGUGCAUCGCUUGCUAUCUGACCGCUUACUUUGUUGAUAAGAGCCCAUUUUAGCUAGUCAUCUAUUUCUAGGUUUACUAUAAGUACAUAAGAAUAGCCCAAGGCUGCGCACUCCAUUUCCGAAAGCCCGAUCCGAGAAGCGAGAAAUCCAAGCUCAAAAUGACCGGGCGGCCACAAAUCCAACGCAGUAUCCAAGCACGCGUACUUCAGUUUCAUUUCAAUUCACUAUAAACUCAAUCUUCCCUGUGAAACCGACGCUACGCCGCAGUUUGCUUCAAAAAUUUCCAGUUUAGACGUUGCUAACGGCCCGCGUACACAAUCACCUUGACACACGACCUCGCCGGGGACAACACCGUAACUUGGCAUCCGUGGUUCUAAAACAAUUUGUUCAUGUCAAAUGACGGUGGUGAGGUACAUUUAUUGAGAGUUUGAUUGUAUUUAUAUUCCUAAGAGCCGUCGUAAAUAUUCCCAUACAAACUCUUAUGACUUCGCCAUGACUCCUAUUUCGCAAGGUGAUCAUCUCACAGCUGGAGCUUGGGCCGCCUGUAGAUGAAUGUAUCAAUUUCAGACUUGCCUUAUUUUAGAUGAAGUGGUUCCUAUAUGGGAUAGUAUAAGAAGCGAUGUCUUGUCUUCUGGCAAAGUCUCUCUGACUGCCGAAGUCAGGAGUCAACGAUUCCUUCAAUCAUAACUAUCCUGCUGCUAAUGUCUAUAGAGAACGACAUUCGUCUCAUUUUAUACAAGAAACUGCUAGGAAGAAGGGCACAACUACUUCUCAGUGAAAUGUAGGUUUCCGUAAUUCAAGUGUUAAGCGAACCAAAGUGGCCUCUGACAGCCAUAAUUUCCGCGGCGGAAAGGAGAUUUGUUCCUUCUGAACUAGACAAUAUUCCAUCCCACGAACUUAUCCGUUUUCUUCGGAGUUUGCGCUACCUAUUUAAACUGCCAAGGGAGAAACGGCAUUGCAAGGGUGAAGUUUCUUGCCUUCUGGGUACAAAACAGUGGCCAUUUAGGUGACCUUCCUCUGUUUCAUUUUGUGUUGCUAGGUUUGUCAAUGCCAUGGUGUACUAUGGCGUAUACCUGAGCACACCCACCAUUGGUGGCAGCACGCACUUGAACUUCUUCUUGACCAGUGUUAUCGAGCUUCCAGCAAUCCCGGCAGGCAUUUGGAUUUAUAACAAGUCAGUAAAAAAUUGCACAAAAUCUCGUGAUUUGCCAUUUACGAAACAUGAACAAAAAAAAAUUCGUUUAAUUUUCUAUAAAUUUUCCAAUUGAUAGUAUUGUGCUAUAUUUACUCUUUCAUCUUAUCAGUCACCGUGCAAUCGAAUUGAUAAAUUUAUCACCUUUCACAAAUCCUCAAUAUAGACAAAACCUUUUCAGGAAAUCAAUCGUGGAAUUUCUUGUGUUCAAGAAAAGAUCACUGUUGUAAUAAUAAUAGUAGUAAUGAUAAUAAUAAUGAUAAUAAUAACAACCUCCCUUAUUAUACAUUAUUGCUGUUACUGUGUGUGUGUGUGUGGUGAUGCAUCGUACUCUUAUUUUAAUCUAAAAGAAUAGAUGAGGACAAAUUGUUCAGAUCAUGAAACAGUUAGGAGGCAGCUUGUAAUGAACGAAGAUACUUUACUUAAAGUAAGACAGAGAACCUCUUCUACUAGGUUUGGUCGUAAAAAGGGCGUCAUUGUUCCAAUGCUCCUCACUGCUGCCGGUGCUGCGGGCUCCCUUCUCUUGACAACAGACGACGAGUCCAAUAAGGGUUAGUAAUAAAUAGUUAAGAAAGGAAAAUAUUGCGCCAUUGGAGAAAAUAGUUAGCUGUUCAGACUACCACUGAUAUACAAAAAUGUCAAGAUUUUUUUUUUAUACAGGAGCGAAGACGUACUCCUUACUUGUUGUGUGGAAAAUCACCGUGGGAUUUCAUUAUUUAACCUCUCUUAGAAUCGCUUUGACAAGGGCAAUUUACUUAAUAUUAUUAAUGCAAGAUAUUUACAAUCAUUGCUUUUAUCAUUUUUGAAGGAUAUUUUGCCGGUAAAAUCAUUAUGUCGCUGAUCUGGUCGAAAUUUUGGAUAAUGAUAUCUUAUGAUGGUCUGUAUGUGUAUUCAGGAGAACUCUUUCCUACAACUGUCAGGUAAGAGUUUUUAGGUCUAAUUGCCAACACCAUAAAUUUUUUUUUUAUCAUAUUCGGCUAAAGGUUUUGAUAGAAUCAAUGCGAGAAGCUACUUGAACAGAAAAUUUGUCUGCAAUUACUCGAUGAGGGUCUCAAUGCAACAUUUACGGCUUAAGGUUAAAAUUAUGGCCAUUGUGAGGCUAACGUUUAAUUUCUUUUCGUUUCGAUUACCAGAAACAUUUUUACGGUUAACCUAUUUUACGAGUUACAGUUAAAAUUUCGAGCCUCUUUACACUUGAAUUUUGUCACCAUCCAGGUUAAGCGAAGCAAAGCUUCUCAGGGUGAGAGCUAAAGAGUUUUACCUUACUAGUUUAUCGAAGUUUUAGCGCUUAAUCUUUUCGAACUGCGGGAGUCACGGUGAUAGAGUGUCAGGGAGCCAAAACCAAGAUGAUCACAGCAGCCUAUCAGAACAAAGCACUAUUAACCAAUCAAUGCUUGAGAUAAACAAGCAGACUAUCCGAAGUGCGGAAAAGCGUGAACUGCCAAGUCACUAUUGAUUUCAGUUUUACAUCGGAUUGGUUAAGCGGGUGGUUCGAGUUUUCUGGAACAAUCAUAGGAUGCUGUGAAAUAAGUUCGGAAUGCUUGUUCUGUGUUAUAUCGACACUAUCAUUAUUGAUUCUUCACUUCAGAAACAUCGCCAUGGGAGUGUUUGAAGGUGCAGCUGGGAUUGGAUCAUUCUGUACUCCGUACAUCGUAUACUCGGUAAGCCGUUGUAUUUAUACGUGAGUGGUAAAGGCUUUUCUUUCCGUACCAAACGAACCUAUUAAAAAAAAUAAUCCGACGAUUACAGAAUCAGAAGUGCCACGGAUGAGUCGUAGUAAUGAGAUUUGAAAAGCUGACUGUUUGAUCAUGAGCCCUUCGUUGAAGCAAAGCGUAUUAACCUAUCGAAAACUAAAAUACUGACAUUAACUGCGAGAGCAGUAACAGUGGAAUAAGAUCCGACACUGUGCCAUUUAGAUCGCAGCACUAAUUCUCUUGAAAAAUAUAUAUUGUAAUAAGCAACAUUUUCUUACAUGGCUGACGAACAAAGAGAAGGGCCUGAGAAAGAGAAGAUUUAUACGUUCACGGAGCGCAACUGCACGUUGCACUUGCAAAAAUGAUUUCUUAUUCACGAUCGACCUUUAUAUGUUAGUGUGUAGGAUAGGCUUGGGCUUUAUAUAUUGAUCUCGAGACAAAUGAAUCUGGAUGAAAAGAUCAAGUUUCUUGUCUUUUUUAGGAACGUUUUCACCCAAUCUUACCUUACGGAAUCAUGGGAUUGAACGCUUUAGUGGCCGGGUUAUUCAGCAUAUUCCUGGACGAGACUCGGUACCAGCCCACAUUAGAAACCGUGGAGAAGUCAGAGAAGAAAAAAGUUAUCAUAUAUUACCUUUGAUACAGCUUUUUUUUAAAAACACACUUGUCUAUGAACAGGGGGCAGUGUGGAAUUGUAGUAAGAUUCCGUAAUUAGCGGUCAGACAGGAAAAAAAUGAAUGCGUAAUUUAGGAUGCCUCUAAAGUUUGCAGGACACGUGUUGCUUCAAGACGAGUCGCGGAGAGGUUUUCCAGGGGUCUGGCACCAAUGAUGAGGGAUAGACCCCUGGCAGGCAUCUCGCAGGCUCGCGUCGCUUAAGGCCUUAUACUUUCCUGCGGAUGAAGGAACACUUGUACUUAUGCGAUAAUUAUGCACACAACGGUAGCUACUCACAUUAAUGGAACAAAUCAACUGGUACAAACAAUAAUAGUGAAACAUUAAUGCAAUAAGCAAGCUGUACAAUGUACAGUUGUAUUAGUAUAAAUGGAUAAUUUCUUCUUUAAAGACCUCCACAUGUCAUCGCUUCGAUUUUUGUUGGCUCCUGAACUCUGAUCGGUGGAUUAGUCUACUUCCUUUUGUUUGUCAGGAUAUUCAAUCUAAUUGUGAAGGAAGAUGAUAAUUACCGAAGUUGACGUCGUUACAGGGACGAAUUUAAGUUUUCAAUUUUUUCUUAAUCUCUCCGGGAAAAGAAAUCAAAUUAACAAAUUAAAAUGAAAUAAAUGAAUGGAUAGAUGGAUAGAUGGAUAAAUGGAUAGACAAAGAAACUAACAGUCAUCGAUAAAUAAACAAAUACAUUAAUGAAUGAGUAAAAAAAAAGGAAUCUGCGUAAAGGUUUGGUUGUGUGAUUUUGGAUCUCUUGGUUAAAAGCACAGUUGGCAUUCGAUGAUUUUGAUCUAACCAGAAAAGUUUUGUUCAAAGUUUGCGCCGUCAGAGAUGCAACACAACUGAGACUAGUUGCCUUACUUCAUUGGGUGAUUAUCCUACGGCUUUAUGAAAGGAGAUAGACUCCACCGCUGCCGUAUCUGUUGAAGCUGAUCUUUUUCCUCGGCCCACAGACAGUGCUCAACAUGUGCAACGUGUAAGAACUCCUGAAAUUUUAAAUCAGCUCCUUUGACAAGCUAUAUGCUAACAAUGAGGUAUGGGUUCAAGAGAAUCAGAGGAUAUCAUUGGCUUGGGAGCUUCUCCGACUUUUGCACCUGUAACUUCAUUCAAAUGAGAAUUAACUCUCUUUAGAUGUCAUCAACGAACCUUAAAAUGGAAGUUAUGAAUCAAUAUCAGUAUCUGGGCAACUGCCCACCUACCCCUCCCCUCACCCAAAAUUAACCCUAACUUGUUAUCAAUUAACCCUAACUUGUUAUCAAUUGACUGUUGUUGAGUUAGGGGAGGGGUAGGUGGGCAGAUACUGAUAUUGAUCCGAAGUUAUCAAAUUAUCAUUGCGCUAUAAAAUUAUCACAGAGAACAAAAUAACCAACUCAAUCAUUUUUCUGUAAUAUGUACUAAUAAAAACUUUAUAUUGAGUGUUAGCACUGUAAUGGGCAGUGUCCCUCAUUUCAAAUUUUACUCCGGGGACAAAUCUUUUUUUACCAAAUAAUCGACAAUCGGGGCUUAGGUGGCACUGGAACUCCGAGUAGUUUGAUCGAGAACUUCGAAAUUUCUUCUUUUCUCAGUUGUUCUGUGCGAGGUGCUAAUUUGCAUUUAGAUAUGAAGAAAUCUUCCUAAGUACUCCUUAUCGCCUUUCCAGAUUGGAUAUUUAAUUUUCCACAAUUUAUGACCUUGUCUUUCAUUCCAAAGUAAAUAGAAUGUCAUAUGAUACUCCAGUCAUAUAUAUUUCCGUUACACGACGAGAGAACAAUUCUUGGUCACUCUUCCAAUUAACAUCACUAGGUUUGCAACCAGAUUUUAUUCUGAUAAUAUUGUUUGUUGAUCGUAUGAAUUACGAUAAUUUACCUAACGUAACGCUAGGAGAUUUUUGGUUGAGUCGACUUCCUAUCGCAGAGGUACUCUUCAAAUUUUUUAGUUCACUUAAAUUUUAAUUGGCUAAAUUCUAAAGGGCGUGGAAAGAAUUUGCGUCUAAAAGUGAUUUUAAUGAGAAUGUAUUGACGCA